AUGCCUGCGCGAGAUCACCGCUGGCUCAGGGCAACAGCCGCCUGGGGGAGUUGUCCGAGGGGACCCCGAUCGGUGACCACAUGGGGCAAGGCGUCCUUCAGGGCAGCUGGCCGAUAUUUUUUUCUUGCGUGUCCGCCGGAGGCGGCAACCGCAGAGUACACAAAGUUUCUGGUCGCGAGAUACACGUGGGGUGCUUGCGCAGCUUGUCGCUUCAACUGCAGCAGUCAGGGCCAGGAGAUGGCCACGGAGGAGCCUGGAGGGCAAAGAGGGCCGUUCUUCGACGAGGCCCAGCGCCUUGACACGGUUCGAGAUUUCACAGACUUGGAUCAGGGAGCGUGGACGAGCGACGUGCAGACCCAGCUUCUCUCGUGUCAGACGCCGGCUCCGCGAAGUGUGACCGGCGCAGUCAGAAGGUACUUUCCCUUCCCCCUCCCUUCUUCGUUCGAGAAGCGCGCGUGCUGCAGCACGAGCACGCGCAGUUUUGCGAGAGCUCCGUUCGGGAUCACUAGGCCCGGGUCGCGAGACAUUUUCACAGCUCCUCGCUUCCGCCUUCGGCCGGGGCCAGGCUGGGGGGGGCAGGGCCAGGGGCCCCCCUCUGUCUGGCGAGGCCCCGCGCCCCAGCUCGGUGCCGAGUGCAGGAACACAUCUUCCGGCGGCGGCCGAGCCCGCCUCGCCCCGCUGCCCGCUCGGGCGCCCCCUGGCAAAGCCUCGGCGGCUCCCGACCUCCUCGGCCCUCCCGCUCGCCUGCGGGGGGGACUGUGCUCCGGGGAGGCGGCAGCACCGCUCACCGAUGGGCCGUCCACCACGCCUGCAGGGUGGGCUCUCUCUUUUCUUCCGUGCGCCUCAGCUUUCGCCUCGGCUUCGGCUGUGGGUGCACCGCGAAGCGCCUUCGGCAUGCUAGUAGCUCACCCAAGCUCACAUGGGUGCCUCCCUUUCCGCUCUCCUGCUUCUGCUCCCUUGUGUAGGAUGCUCGGUCCGCCCCUGGCGGAGCCGGGACGCCCCAGACCUAGGCUCAGGAGCGGCCUUGCAACGCAAGCGCCCGCUUUCUUGACGCAGUCCACAUGCUUCGCGCGCGUUUCCGUAUGGGAGCGACAGCCCCUCGCGCCCCGGUCCUCCCUGCCCUGCUGCACCUUCUUCGCUCCGGUGGGGCACGCCGUGCAGCUGCGCGGCGCCCCCUCCUGGCGGCCAGCGCCCGCAGGGGCCUCUGUGUUCGUCGGGUGGCGCGUGCGCCGACUUUCCCGACGUGCGUCGGUUUUGCUGCCCUCCAGCGGCACGCGCCGGUGGAUCGGAGGGCGCCAGCAUGCGCCUGCACCGAUCUCGAAGAAGCAAUC